AUGGCUUUAAACUCAGGGCCCCCGCCAGGUGUCGGACCUUUCUACGAAAACCAUGGAUACCAGCCUGAAGGCCUGUACCCCCCGCGGCCCGCCGUGGCCCCCGGCGCCUACUCGGUGUAUCCGGCUCCCUACUACCCGCCCGCGGUGCCCCAGUACGCGCCGAGGGUGCUGACGCACGCUUCCACGCCCAGCAGCCACACGCAGCCCAAGUCCCCGUCGGGGACAGUGUGCACCUCAAAGGCGAAGAAAGUGCUGUGUAUCACCUUCACCCUGGGGGCCGUCCUGGCGGGAGCCGUGCUGGCCGCCGUCCUGCUCUGGAAGUUCAUGGAGAACAAAUGCUUGGUGUCCGGGAUCGAGUGCGGGUCCUCGGGAACCUGCGUCAGCCCCUCUCACUGGUGUGACGGGGUCCUGCACUGCCCCAGCGGGGAGGACGAGAACCGAUGCGCCACACACUCCGUGCUCCUGGGUGUAGACAUGCCUUGGGAGGCCUCUUCUGGGGGACCCAACGUGCAUGUUCCAGGCACAGGAGAAUAUUGGAAUAGUUUCUAUUCUAGCCACGGAGUAGCGGAUGACAGUGGGGCCACCAGCUUUAUGAGGGUGAACACAAGUGCUAACCAUAUGGAUCUCUAUAAGAAACUGUACCACAGUGAUGUCUGUUCGUCAAAAAUGGUGGUUUCUUUACGCUGUAUAGGGAGCACCCUGUACCUUCAGAAAUGCAUCCCCUGCGUCUGGGGAGGCGGGGUGAUGGGACCACUGAACAACCCACGGCACUGGACGGCCUUCGUGGGAAUUUUGAGGCAAUCUUUCAUGUUCUACGGACACGGGUACCGAGUGGGAAAAGUGAUCUCCCACCCGAACUAUGAUUCCAAGACCAAGAACAAUGACAUCGCUCUUAUGAAGUUGCAGACGCCUCUGACUUUUGAUGGGAAAACCUCGGAUGAGCUGAACGCCGUCAUGGUGCCCCUCAUCGAGCUCUGGCGUUGCAACAGCAAGUAUGUCUACAACAACCUGGUCACGCCGGCCAUGAUCUGCGCGGGCUACCUGCAGGGGACCAUCGACUCCUGCCAGGGUGACAGUGGAGGCCCCCUGGUCACUAUGAAGAGUCACAUCUGGUGGCUGAUUGGGGACACGAGCUGGGGAUCAGGCUGUGCCAAAGCCAACAGACCAGGCGUGUAUGGAAAUGUGACCGUAUUUACGGACUGGAUUUAUCGACAAAUGAGGGGGCCGUCCGAGAAUGUGUACACGACAGAGGCUGAUGGGAGCGUGAAGGGCGUUCGGCGGGGUCCCCCCAGCACCCGCUGUGGCGCGGCGCCUUACCCCCCUUGUCAGCCCCACACCUGA